CCCUACCUUUUACGAUCUCGCCCCCUCUCAAUCAAAUUCAUCCUUCACCAUCUGCAAUCUAAAGUUUAGAUGUUUCCUUUGAACGAAACUCGAACGAAGAGAAAUCCAUUAAUCCAAGUGUUUUUUUGGAGCGUUAAGAAGCUCUCAAAGAAAAUCGUUCGUCUCUGCCUUUCCAGAGUUCGAUGGACGAGGGAUUUGGCCGGUCAAAGAUGAGAUAUCUUUCACGCUAUUAACCAUUUGAGGAAGUUCACAUGAACGAGCGCGCGGUUGAGGUGAUUCUCUGCCGAUUUUCUUCUUCCGUUAACAGACUGCAUGUUAUUGUUUGAGAUCAUGAUUGGAGCUGCUGCUUGAACUGCAUUACUGAGCUUUUCAUUUGAUUGUUCUGUCAUCAACCGACUAAGGCAACACUAAUAUUAAGUUUCAAGAUGUUCAAGUCAGUGUUUUGAGGUUACGAGUAAAGCCUGUGUCAAAGCCAGUGGAUAUAUUUUUCGAUCGUAUGCAUUACCUUCUUCCUAUCUCGCCAUUUUCUUUGAGGAUGAAUGAACCUAGUUUUGGAAGUCCAAAUGAUGAUGAAAAUAUCAUUGAGACAUCUACAACAUCUACUUCUAGUCGAAGGAGGACUAGAUCUAAGGUAUGGGAACACUUCAAGAAAGUGAAAUUGGACUCUGGGGAGGAGAAAGCCGUUUGUAAGUAUUGUAAAAAGCAGUAUACAGGAGGAACUACUAAAGGGACAAGCCACUUGUUAGGUCAUAUUCCAAGAUGUCCUAAAAUGAAAGAAAAUGGCACUAAUGAACCGAUGACAUUGAGGUUAGAAGGGGCAACUUCCAUGUUAUGUCUUGAAAACUCUAAAUUUGACCAAGACAGGAGUCAAAUGGAUCUUGCAAGGAUGAUAAUGAAGCAUGGCUAUCCCCUUGACAUGGUUGAACAUGAAUUUUUUCAAAUAUUUGUUAAUAAUCUUCAACCGUCAUUUAGACUUGUUUCAAAAAAUACAAUUAGGAAUGAUGUUAUGAAGGUUUUUUCAGAGGAAAGGGACAGGUUAUAUAAAUACUUUGAUAGGCUGUCAUGUCGGAUUAGCUUAAACAUUGACAUGUGGACUUCAGAUCAAAAUUUAGGCUACUAUUGCUUGACAGCCCACUUUAUAGACGAUGGGUGGGGAUUGAAAAAGAAAAUUAUCGCAUUUACAGCGGUGGAAUGUCCCCAUGAUGGAAAUACUUUAUACAAAAUUGUCAUGGAAAGGUUACUAUCUUGGAAUCUUGACAAAAAAAUUUGUUCUAUUACAGUUACUAAUGCCUCUAACAAUGAUAUCAUGGUUAGAGAGCUUAGGAAUAAACUUUGUAGUCAAAGUUUGCUCCCAUUAGAUGGUGAAGUAUUUCAUGUCAGAUGUAUUGCUCAUACUUUGAAUCUUACUGUCCAAGAUGGAUUGCACGAAAUAUCAUCAUUGUUAUAUAAGAUCCGGGAGAGUGCUAAAUAUGUAAGAUUGACACAACAAAAGAAGCAAAAUUUUGACAAUGCAAAAAGUCAAGUGAAAUUGCAGCAUAAAAAAGAAGUAGUUGUUGAUUGUUCAACACAAUGGAACUCCACAUAUGAUAUGUUAGAGUCAGCUUUGGAGUUAAGAGAAGCAUUUUUCCAGUUAGCUGAGACUGAUCAUGACUACAAGUAUUGUCCAUCUAAUGAGGAAUGGGAGAUGGGAAAAGUGAUUAGGGAUUGCUUGAAGGUUUUUUAUAUUUGUACAAAGAAUUUCUCAAGUAUCAAUUUUCCAACAGCAAGUAUUCUUUUUUCUGAUAUUUGUACUAUUAAACUCCGAUUGCAUAUGUGGCAGAAUAGUGAAUAUCAGUAUGUUCGUUCAAUGGCAUAUAAGAUGAAGCAAAAGUUUGACAAAUAUUGGGAUGAAUGCUGUUUGGUGCUAGCAAUUGCAGUUGUACUUGAUCCUAGAUUUAAAAUGGAGGUUGUUACUUAUUACUACAAUCUCAUUUAUGGAGAAAAUGCUGAAAGACACAUUAUGAGAGUUCGACUAGCGCUUAAUGACCUCUAUUUAGAAUAUGUGGGUAAUGAUGUUGGCAAGAAGUCACUUGAAGACUCAAGUAGUGCAUUUCCAUCACAGAGGGAUCAUGAUCCUGAUGAUUUUUUGAGUGGUUUUGACAAAUGGUUAGUUCAAGAACGCUCAAACUAUUGUUUUGGGAGCCGGAAGUCAGAGUUGGACUUGUAUCUUGAAGAACGGUUAUUUCCUAGAGAUGAAGACUUUGACAUUCUAAGAUUUUGGCAAGUUGAUUGCCCCAAGUUUCCAAAGCUUUCUAGAUUGGCUCGUGACAUUUUGGCAAUCCCGAUAUUGACUGUGACAUCUGAGGCAACAUUUAGUACCAAGAGUAGAAUAGUUGAUCAAUACCAUACUUCAUUACUUCCAGAAAUUGUGGAGGCUCUAGUUUGUGGGAAAGAUUGGUUAGAAGCUCCAACUAAAAGAAAUUUGGAUUUUGAAGCAAUUGAUGCUUCUCCUAUAUGUGUGGCUUUUACAGCUGAUACAAGUCAAACAUGUUCAGUUAGAGAAGCAACUUAAAAGGAAUCUCGUUGCUGUUGGAAAAUGAUCAUUUUGAGAAAAAGUUGUGUUUUCAAUGGAAACACUUCCAAAGGUCCGCCUGUUUUGGUCACUAGCAAUAAUUUUGUUUUGAAACGGCGAUUUGUCUUUUGAAAGAGGAAUUCCUGCAUCCGUUUCUUUUACAGGCAAUGUCAUAUGACGUUUGAAUACCUGCAUGUAUGUUUUAUCGCCGCUCGGUGCUCACUAUUGGCAGACCCCUGACCCCUAGUUUGACUAAAGAUGAAAUAUGAGUACUCUCAGUUUCUCUUCGAUCUCUCUAUUUUCUGCUUUCAUUUGGCAUUUGUUGAAUAUUUUAUCGUGGUUUGGAUCUAUAUUCUUAACUACCACAA